UAGCACGGAGGCGAGCCGGGCUUGCUGGGGCACGUAGUGCGGACGGGGGGUGUCCGGCCCCCUCCUCUGCCCGGCCGCGAUUGGCCGGGGCCGAUCUCCGCCCGCCGCGGUCCGCGGUCUUCUCCCUCGGCACGGCGGUGCCGCAAUCACAGCGGCCGCGGCGGCGACACGUCCGCGGGCUGCGCGGAGUUUUUUCCCUCCCAUUUGUGGAUUAAACAAAGAAGAGAUGAUACUGGAAGCAGUUUUGCUGCUGGGCUGUGCUCUGGGCAUCAGCACAUUCCCGAUGGAAGAACCUGAAGAUGGGGGCAAGCACUGGGUGGUGAUUGUUGCAGGUUCCAAUGGUUGGUACAACUAUCGACACCAGGCAGAUGUGUGCCAUGCAUACCAGAUUGUUCACCGAAAUGGAAUUCCAGAUGAACAAGUCGUUGUCAUGAUGUAUGAUGAUAUUGCUGAUAAUGACGAAAAUCCAACAAAAGGUGUUGUCAUCAAUAGACCUAAUGGCACAGAUGUGUAUGCUGGAGUGCCCAAGGACUAUACAAAGGAGGAUGUUACACCAAAGAAUUUCCUUGCUGUUCUCAGAGGAGAUGCAGAGGCAGUGAAGGGGGUUGGAUCAGGAAAAGUAUUGAAAAGUGGUCCGAAGGAUCAUGUCUUUGUUUAUUUCACUGACCAUGGAGCUCCAGGACUUCUGGCUUUUCCUGAUGAUGAUCUUCAUGUGAAAGACUUGAAUAAAACUAUUUGGUACAUGCAUCAUCACAAAAAAUACCGUAAGAUGGUGUUUUACAUUGAAGCAUGUGAGUCUGGAUCUAUGAUGAAUCAUUUGCCUGAUAAUAUCAAUGUUUAUGCAACAACAGCUGCUAAUCCCAGAGAGUCAUCUUAUGCAUGUUACUAUGAUGAAGAGAGGCAGACUUAUCUUGGAGACUGGUACAGUGUGAAUUGGAUGGAAGAUUCAGAUAUGGAGGAUCUAAGAAAAGAAACACUCCAUAAGCAGUUUCAACUGGUGAAGAAACGCACCAACACCAGCCAUGUGAUGCAGUAUGGAAACAGAAGCAUCUCCUCGAUGAAGGUGAUGCAGUUCCAAGGCUUGGGGAAGAAGGCUGUCACCAUUUCUCUGCCACCUGUGGAACAUUAUGACUUGACACCUAGUCCUGAUGUGCCUCUGGCAAUCAUGAAACGAAAGCUAGUGGCUACCAAUGAUGCUUAUGAGGCUAAGAAGAUUGCUGCAGAGAUCAAAAUAUACUUGGAGGUGAAAGAAUUUAUCCAAGAAUCGAUGCGAAAGAUCAUCACCUUAAUAACAGGAUCAAAAGAAAAGACUGCUCAAAUUCUGUCAGAUAGAUUGACCAUCAGCAAUUAUGAGUGCUACCAGUCAGCAGUGAACUGCUUCAAAGCUCAUUGUUUCAACUGGCAUUUACCCUUGUAUGAGUAUGCACUGAGACAGCUGUAUGCCUUGGUCAACGUUUGUGAAGGAGGAUACCCUGUUGACAGGAUAUGCCUGGCCACGGAUCAAGUGUGCCUUGGGUAUUGAUGGAAACAGGAGUCUCUAAUGUAACCCUUACUACAAGUGAUAACUUUUCAUAACUGUAAUAAUCCAGACUUUACAUGCAUGCAGCAUCAGGAGUCAGCCACUGUACUGGAGCUGGGCUGGGAGCUGAGGCUCCUGACCAUGAGCAACACAGCACCUGCCAGUGCUCUCCCCUGCAUCCCCACCUGCUGGCAGCCUGCUGGCUUCAGAAGCAUUUUGGUGAACCACCUGGAGCUUUCAAGAUGGAUGAUUUGUUUCAAAGUGCAAUUCUUUUAAGAAUCUCUGGAUGGGACACUAAAAGCCUCCUAUCAGUGAUUGCUACAUCUAUGCUAAAUUUAAACAUUGAGCCAUUAAUUCUGGAUUUUUUUUAUACUGUUGCUAAGUAUUAGCUUUUUUUAAAAAGGCUAAUGAAUUCCAUUGUAGUGACUAGUUUGCAGACUGGUUAAUGAGUGAAGAAACAAAAGCUUGUUCUUUAAGCUUUAACUCCUUAACAGUUUAAAGAAAUUAAUUGCAUUCAAGAACUAUUGGAUGUGAACAGCACAGCCAAACUAUGAAAUGUAAAAGUCUUUGUGGGUAGAAAGCACUGUUUCCCAAAGAAAACCAGAAGUAUCUAAUAAUGUAAAUUUAGCACCCUCAUGCUAUAAUUAAAUGUAAAUACACAACAAACCUGUGGUAAGUUAUAGAGUACAGGAAUUGGCUGUGAAUAAAAAUAAAGUUGACAGUUUCAUCAA